AUGGUGGCUGAGGUGGUCGGUGGUAUUAUAGUCAAGUCCCUGGCCAUCUUCCCAGCUCACGUUGGCCUGAAGGGCUGUGAGAACUGCAGUACAGUGUUGGCCAAAGCUAAGACCGUGGCUAGGGGCAUGGGCAUUUCCCAUGCGACUUUUCAGCUGGAGGUAUGCGCGGAGGACAUGGACGAUGGAAAGAGGAGGGACACAUGUUGCCAUAGGGAGUCCUGCUAUGCUGGGGACUCUACCUGUGAUGGCGAAUCUAUUGUUUAUUGA